UUGUUUACCAGCCCCAUGGCUAAUGCUUUGAGUUGGCUGAUCUUGUUCUGUAGCCUUAGGACCUUCCUGACAGGGACCUCUUCCUCCUCACCAGAAAGCAAUGUAGACUGCCAGACCCAGUGUCACAUAGACUGCAAGCAGGGACAUUACUACACAGCUGGCAACUGUUUGGAAUGUCCUACAGGCUACUAUUGCCCUGGGGGUCAAAAAGCUCCAAGGAAAUGCCCACUGGGAACAGCCAAUGAACUUCCAGCUCAAGUGGACAUCACAGCCUGCCAGGUCUGUCCUGAAGGCUAUCUCAGCCUAGAGAGUGGAGCUGGAUGUCAUGCGUGCCCAGAUGGCUAUUCGUGUGAUCCACGUAGUGGUGUGCAGAGGAGCUGCAGUCCUGGCCAGUAUUCUCCAGAGGGAGAAUCAGAGUGCCUGGGAUGUCCAGAGAACCAUGUCUGCCCAGAUGGAAGGAGCAGGCAGCGCUGUUUGGCCGGGCAGGAGCCAGAUCCAAGCCACACUCACUGUGUUACCUAUGCUCGUGGUUCUGUCUCAGCUGAAGACACGCUGAUAUGCCAGCCCUGUCCUGCAGGUCACUUCUGUGCAGGCAGCCUUACAGACACUCCUCCAUGCCCAGCAGGGAACUACAAACCCAAAGAGGAGAUUCUCAUGCCCAGCAGCAGCUCCUCGUUCUUACCUGGAAAUGGAUUGUGUUUGAAGUGUCCUGCUGGGUAUUUCUGUCCUGAGGGAGCAAGUCACCCAGCACCGUGCCAGCCAGGUACAUACAAUCCUCUCCAAGGACAGGAUGAAGCUACUGACUGCAGAGCCUGCCCAGCAGGAAGAGCUUGCACCCAGGCUGGAUUAGCCCAGCCUGACUCUGAGUGCUUACCAGGGUACGUGUGCCCAGUAGGAUCGUCCAGCCCACAACUUCCCAGCAAUGCCUGUCCUCCAGGAACAGUUGGCAAUGGCUUUGACCUCUUUGAUAAGUCCCAGUGUGAGACGUGUCCUGCUGGGUAUUUCUGUGUCAGAGGAACAGGGGGAAGACAGAAGCCUCCUGCUCCAUGUCCAGUUGGGCACUACUGUCCACCAGGCACCAAGCAUGCAGUGCAGCACAAGUGUGCCCCGGGCACCUGGAGCAACAGGACAAGGCUGAAAUCAGCAGAGGAAUGCUUGCUGUGCCCUGCAGGCUGGUUUUGUGUAGGAGGAUCUCAUGUCCCUUCUGGCAUGUGCAGCUCAGGGCACUACUGCCCUCAAGAGGAACUUACCGUGUGGAACAUGGUGCAGGAGUGGCUGCAGACUGUGUCCCUUGCCCUGGAGGGUACUACUGCCCCAACCUUGGCACUGUUACACCUCGAACAUGUGGUGCUGGCAACUUCUCAGUAA